AUGCCGGGUAACGUUUGGACUGAGGCAGAAGUGGAGGAAACGGCGGAGACCUCAAUUUCAACUUCAACCUCGACUUCUAUCUUAAACCCUCUCUAUCGUUGUCGCAAAGCCGAUCUACACACUCUCCUCCGGGCUUCUGCUUUGUCCACGCCAGCUCUCAGCUCCAGUACCAGCUCACCCGCCGACGAAUUCUCCUUCUUCCCCUCUCCUGUGCCUGUUACAGACACUCCCGAAGCGGUCUCUUAUGCUCGCGACAAAUACGUCCCAUUCGAUUACUUUACCUUUCCCGACGACGCUUGGGAUGCUUUCUCGACCGGGCCGAUGGUUGAACAGGAUGGAAACAAGUCGCAUAGCCCGCAACGUGCGGAGCUGCUGAACGGACAAGAUGCCCAACCCGACGCCGCCGUCGUGCAGGUUGCGCAAGAGGAAGAGGCGGUGGACGGAGUAUCUCAGGAUGCGCCUGCGCUGGCACAGGGAGAAGUUUCAAUCGCAGCUUCCAAUGAGCUCGCGCAAACAUCUUCCGAGACUCGAACUAUCUUUCCAGCGUUGGAUUUCCCUCUCUUCGACGCCCAGGGCCUUCCAACUUCUGUUCCCUUUCCCGCACCCACGCUGCCUGCUACCUCUAGAGAAAACGUCCCCUCUACCUCCGCGAAUGACCUGAAUCACCACGGUCCGUCCGCAAACCCCUUCAGCAACUUUCCAGAUAUAUCCACUACGGGUCAACUGACUCCUUUGCCGGCGAACUAUGAAGCCAUGCUGCAAGCAAUUCCCGACAAUCUCGCGCCUUGGGACAUCCUAAGCCAUACCGUAGAUCCUGUCGCAUUAGGCACAAUGCAGAACAAGGUGCGCAGUGCCUUCGCCAAGCUCGUCUUCAACGAUGGAGACUUCUACAUGACAACCUAUUCUAUUGAGCUGGGUCGCGCUCAUGAUGAUUCUUCGGAGCCCAAACGGAGGAAGAGACGGGCAGAACGACGGGAUGGACAGUCAUGUUCGCGCAAGCGGCGCAAACUUCGAAGCUGCAAAUCUCUCAGCGAGAAUGGUGGCAUAUUACACGACGAGGAUGCAUGGGGCUCGAGGGAUAGCCACCCAAAUGGCUCUCCUACCGCAAACCCAAAAGAUCUUGUACACCCCUCCCGAUACGAGUACCACAACAUGUCACAUAACGCCUCAUUUGAGGAUGGUGUGGCCCAAGUCGACACAUCUCACGUCCCUAACCCAGAUAGAUGUGUCAAAGUUCCAAUUCACCCACCAAAACACGCGCCCUUUGGGGGGCUCCACGCCGUCUCCCGGAAACAUGCUGUGAUCAAAUACAACUUCGAUAGCGGCAACUUUGAUAUUCACGUCCUCGGUAGAAACGGGGUCUUUGUUGCGAGACCAGGCGAAGAGACUGUUCACUUGACGCCACCCGAGAUCAAACCAUUACAGCACCAAGAUGGUGUGCGCAUUGGAGCAGUCGAAUUCCGUUUCUUCUUACCCAGUCAUGAUGAUGAUGACCAAUUAAGCGAGUCCGACUUGGAGGAAGAGAUGAACUAUACAUUUGAGAAUAGUCGAGGUGAGAGUAUCGCACCUACCGGCGAUGGCAUGGAUUCAGAGGAAGAAGAUGCUGCCCAGACCAACUCGCUUUCGUAUGAUUAUGAUGAGUCCCUACUACUGGACUCAGAUCUCCAGAGUGACGAAGAAGAAUUUGAACCUAUCAGACCAGAAAAAAAGAAGCGAAAGCACCAGCCACCGCCGCCUCCAGCACCGAAGCUGAAGCUCAAUCUGAAGAAGAAGGCCCCCAAGGAAGAAUACGUGCAAAAGACCAAGUUGAGUAAGGUGAAAAAGAAGACGAAGCGUGGCAUUGCGGAAAAGAAAAAGAAAAAUAAGAACAAAAAGACCGUGGUGCCAGAUGAAGAGAUGGAUGCGGCAAAGAUCGUAGCAUCUCCUUCGCCGAAAGAGGUGCCUAAGACUGAGGCGAUUCAGAAAGAAUCGGAUAAAGAAAACAAAGACGUCAAGCCCUCAGUCGAGUUGAAAGAAGAAUGUCCUAUCAUCAGUAGGCCAUUCUCUCAAGACACAGCUAAAGAUCCGACGUCAUUCAAGGCCGUCGUACUACAAGGAGCGUCCGCAGAUACCGCUGGUACAACCAUGUACGAAGACCCCGCAGAACUUGAAAAGCUUGGUCUACCGCCAGGUACAGUCUUCAGACGCAAAUCCGGCCCUGGUAGACCCCCGAAAGACGGCGUGAUGUCUAAGCGUGAGAAAGCUUUGUGGGCGAAGUUGGCUAAGGAGAGGGAGAAGGCAGUCAAAGAAGGCCGCAACCCGGAGGAUAUCACUAUCGAAAGCAUCCAAAAUGCACCAAACAAAGCAGCUCCACGCCCUGCACAACUCUCAACCGAUCAUGUUGGUGGCUCCGCGAAUGAGGUUAAUGGUGAAGGUUCAUCCUCCAUGGCACCGGUACGACGACUUUCUAGAGCAGAAAAGAUCGAGGAGCCAGCAUCGCCACCAGCACGCAAAGAAGACUUCACUCCUGAACAGCUACAGAAGCCUGCUGCCAACUAUGUACAGAUCAUCUGGGAAGUACUCCAUGAAGCUGAGGGCCAUCAAUUGCCUUUGCAGUCCAUCUACCGAUCUAUAAAACGGAAGUACCCUUACUAUGAAUUCGUAGCAGGCUCGAAGGGCUGGGAAUCAUCAGUGCGACACAAUCUGUUGUCUGGCGAUGCGUUUGUGAAAGUUAAAGAAGGGACCAGUAAAUCUGGUGUCGUCUGGAGACUCGACUUGAGUAAGCCUAUCCAAAAGGUCGCACGUAGAAGAGCUGCGACACCUCCACAACAACAGCCGCAGCACGCAAAUCAUCCUCCAUCGUAUUAUCCACAACAUAUGGCACAAUACCAGAUGCAACCUGGACAGCGUCCUCCUGUUUCCGCAUAUCCUCCACAAUCCCAACCACCUCAACAGCCUAUACCUGCAGCUCGCCUCCCGUCAAGUUUGCGGGGCCCAGGUACGCUACAGCCUUCAUCAAGCAACCCAACAGGCUCUUACGUCUCUCCCUGGACCGCUGGGGGCCCAGCUUCUACACAUACGUCUCCGUAUGGUCCUGCUCCCGCCAAUCGCCCGUCAUACACAUCUCCAUAUAAUCUGAACCCGGCACAGCAAAAUCAUACCCAAGUCCCUCCAAACGCGAGACCGCCUCCCCCGCAAGGAUACAAUCCACCGUCCAUGACACAACGUCACAACGCUGUUUCUAAUGAAGCUCCUCGAAGCUACACUCCUCCUGGACCAGCCCCUGCUCCUGCUCAGCUGGGGAACAUUCGGAUACCGCAGUCGCUCAUGCAGAACGGUACAGCGGCAGUAGCAAACAUGGGUACCAACACGCCGGCUCAAAAUCCCCCAACGAUGGCUCAAGCACACGCUUCUGCGUCUACGCAGGGCUCACAGCAGCCUGGAACUGCACAGGAUCCUAACGUACCUUGUCCUUACUCUGUCCCUCCACCACAGCCUCAGCAACCGCCACAACAUCAGCAACCUCCCAAUCCUCAACAACCUCAAGUGCAACCGCAAAGACCGCCACAGCCCACACAUCAAUCGCCCUACGCACAAUCACCCUAUACAAGCAUACCACCAGCACACACCGCCACAAAUGCCCAAAAUAUAGCAGCUCCAACGUCGCUGUCUGCCGCGACCACCACCCAAAAUGUGCCAACAGACAGUCCCAAGCGCCCCGACGUCGAGCCAUUGACUCCCCAGGACGGGCUCUCAAGACCAGGCACUGCACACGGCGAUCGCGAGUCGAUACCAACAAACGGCACGGGCAUCAACCCGAGCGGCCUGAGACGCCAGCUUGAGGCCGCAGUGCAGGAGACGAAAGUCGAAGAAGCCAUUACGCAGCUUGCAACUGCGGCAACAGCCGUUCUGCCAGGUCCUAAAUCUGAUACGUCGUCCUCACUCCCAGGCCCUGAACCCGAUACGUUGUCCUCGCUCCCGGGCAAGGAAUCAGAGACACGACCUGCUGUGAAUGCACCAAGUAGUAAUACUCCUGAAAUUGUGCAGCAGGAUGUUUCCGUUGAACAGAAAUAGAGGGUUAUGUGCUGCUUUUGUGAUCGUGUGCAUUGGAGUUUAUACGGUGGACCUUUUUUUUGGGAGGUGCGGAGGCGUUGGUAAUGUUUGGCUGGUAAUAAUCAUCACCUAUCACAGUAUGAAGUGGAGAUGAGAAUGUGGAUGACGACGAUGACGCCUACGACGACUAUGAUGAACGGGAUGAAGCAUGCGUUUGUGCGCAUGCGCAUGAAUAUAAGGUUCCACGGCGGUAGAUUUGAGGGCUUUUGGUUUCAGAUACACACCUGCAACGCGUCGUUGUUUGUCCUUGUGCUUGUGCAGCGCAGUGUCUUUUUCCCCAAAGCGUGUGGUUUAUCAGACUAGACUUUGAAAAAGUUUAUAUAUCGUAUCAUGUCAUAUCAUAGCAUAUCAUAGAUAUAUGUAGCUCACUUUGGG